ACAGUAGAGCAUUUUGUUUUGAAAUGUAUCGCAUUGGACGGUAUUAGGCGUACUAUAAUAGUACGGGUGACAUUGAACAUCAAUGGAGAGAGAUUACAGGAACCGACUUUACAGGGCUAGACGACAAUACUAAGCUUGCCAUUAUCAGGAGAUACCUCAAGUCCCCUAGUUGUGCGGAUUAUCAUGACCUUGAGAAGCAUUUCGGGCGAUUACUAUUUGGUUUGGACAGAGCACGGCUAUUCCUUCUGUCUGCCGGCGCUGGGCGGGGGCCACAACGUACCAAACACUCUUUCAUGAAAAAAGUUUCAUUUAAGUAAAUAGUGCUUCUUUCGUAAACUGAGCUGUAUAAAGUGUGUGUCGCGAUACGUGUACUGUGGUGAUUCGGAUGGUGGACUUAAUAUUCGUGUCAAAUGUGAUUCUGGUGGUGGAAUUUAACCCAAUCAUCUACGAACACUGUUCGGUUCCCCUAUGUAGGGGGGAGAAGAUAAACAAGAAACAAUGGCGGCUAAGGGUAGUGACAUUGCAUCGGAUGAGAUAAUAGACACCAAAUGUUGUGUAUGUGCUGGGAAAAAUAUAACGCGACAAGCUGAAAAAUACUGUAUAGAAUGUCAGGACUAUUACUGUAUACCAUGUACAGACACGCACAAAACUUUUCCGUUAAUGAGAGAACACAAGUUGCUGGAUAAAUCAGAUUUCAGUACACAUGGUUUACAGUCAUCUUUACCGUCUUGUCCAACAGAGAGAUGCCAGAUUCAUAAAGCCAAACUGUUGGACAUGUUCUGUAAGAACCAUGAUGAGGUUGUCUGUGCCACUUGUUUAGCUAUAAAUCACAGAACAUGCCAAGAUAUACACUCCAUUCCGGACGAAGUUGACAAUCUAUACAAACAAUCAGCUUCUGAUCAAACGAAGAAACAACUCCUUGCAGCAAAGAAGGAUGUAGAGGAUAUAAAGAAAGCCAAAAAACAACUCCUCAGUGAGCUAAAGAUACAAAAGCAGAGAGCAACUGAUUCUAUCAUAAACUACAGAAAAGAACUGGAGGCUGAGCUCAAGAGACUUGAAACUGAAUCAAUAAAGGAAGUCAAUGCACAACUUAAUAGUAUGGAAAGAGAUCUGCAACGUGAAAUAAAAGAAUCAGAGCAACAUAUAAAUGACAUAGAACAGUCUGUUGCCGCACUGCAAAAGUCUAAUGGAAACAGAAGCCAAGAAUUUGUUUGUGUCAAAACUGCUCAGAAAAAAAUUGUAACAGUUAAAAGUUCCACAAGCUCCUUUAAAAUACCAACAGAAGUAAAAAUAAGUUUUCCUGUCGAUAUGAAAAUAAAAAACUACCUAAAACAAUUAAAAAUAUUAGGACAUGUGUCUUCAGAAGAAGCAACAUACAAGCUAAGCACAGCAUACAAAGUGAAACAGCAGAGAGAUAUUGAUAUUAAGCUUAAAGAAGACAACUCUGGAUGUAAUAUAUAUGGAUCCUGUUUUACCGAGGAUGGUUCCUUGUUGCUUGCUGAUCUUAUCAACAGAAAGUUGAAACGUCUGGAUCUUUCUACAGAUACCAUCAUAGACCAUCUAGAUCUGGAGCAAAGACCUAUUGCUGUAUGUCUAACCAGUAAACAAGAAGCUGCAGUAAGUCUGAACAUCAGAACCAUACAGUUUGUAUCACUAGGAGACAAGAUGACAACAACACAGAAGCUGAAGAUGGAUCAUAAAUGUGUUGGUUUGAGCUUCAAUGAUGGGAAAUUGUUCAUAUCUGAUGAAGGCAAAACAGUUUACAUUCAUGAUAUAAGUGGCACCAUGUUACAUAAAAUUACAACUGACAAAUCAGGCAACCCAAUUUUCAGUAACUGUAAACAUAUUAGUGUGAGUACAAACAGAGACCGAGUGUAUGUGGCUGAUACAGUGAAAGGUGUGAUAACUCUAGACAUGCAGGGAAAUUAUCUAUCAACAUUUACUGAUCCUGAUUUAGUUCAGCCUCAGGGAGUAUGUACAGAUAAAAGAGGAAACAUACUGGUCUGUGGGUAUAUUUCAUCAAAUAUUGUCCACAUAAGUGAGGAUUCAAAAACAAUGUUGGGUAUCAUCAAAACAGAACAAAAUCCAACAUCAGUCUGCUUUGAUCCUCACCAGAACAGAUUAGUUGUAACUCAUUUUAACAGCAAGCAUGUAAAAGUCUGUGAGUUGGAGUAAGAUACAUUUACAUCACAACUAGAAACACUUUUUCUUACAUUUGUUGGACUUAAAAGGUAGAUAAGAUCCAAAUUUAAAAUUUAAAAACAUGAACAAUUACUUCAUAUAGUGUAUGUAAACAUAAAAUUAACAAGUUUAUGUGUAUUAACAGAACUAUCCAUUAGGUUUAAAACAGUACAAACGUAUAUAUGUAUAUAAAUCAAAGUAUAAAUGCAGGCGCAUAGCUGCCUAUACGCAGGUAGGCAUGUACAAUUAAAUUGCCUAAUCUUAAGCAUUGAAUCUAUUUGGUUAUAGUAAGGAGCAUAUAUCAUUUAACGGAGGAUGUUGUACGUAACUCAUAGUUAAUAUAUCUAAAUUUUUCAAAAUAUUCAUCUAAAUAUAUGCAUCUUUGCCUUUGUAUGUAUGCCAAUGUCGAGAGUUUUUCAGGACUGUGCGCCAUACAAAGACACGCCUCUGGGCUGUAAUGUCCGCCAUAUGGCUUUGUGUUCACGGAGUACAAGCACAUUAAAUUCGGGUUGUUCAAAAAUUAAGAGUUACCUAAUAACCCUAGUAACUCGCUAUUGCUUUAGAUUUGAACAAAUCAAUAGACUGAAAUGAAAUAACGUUACUAUAUGCAACAGGAUAUCACAACAACUCUGUAAAUCUCGUUCAGUCUUUAGCAUCGUGUUCAUAUAAAUCUGAUCAUGCAAACCAUAAUGCAUAAAACUUCCUGAAUCAUUGAAAACAACAAGGGUUAUCGUAGACUUAUCAUGAAAGAGGCAAUAUACAACAAUAAAUAUGAUUGUUUUUGCGAUUUUUAGAGCUAAAAGCCUAACAUCUACAGUCCUGAAUUAAAUAUAUUUAUGCGUUAAGAGCUCCAAAUGUCUUGCUGAAAACUAAAAUUGUGAUUUUUGAGAAGGUCAAUAAGAAAAUAUUGCAAACUAAUUAUGUUCUAUAGUUCAAAAGUUGGAUGUCAUGAAGACGUUUCUGUCAUUAACCGGAAUGUGCUUCAAACCCUUAAACAUUGAUAAAAGGUCAUCAGUGUGUCAGCUUUGGUUCAGUAGUACAUAGCGAAUAUGUUAUUAUUCAAAAUGAUAACUCUUAAUUCGAAGGAUCAGAGCGAAAGUAAUCUAAGUGAAUAUAAAUAAAGAAACACAACAUUUUCGAUAACAGCCAGUGUGUUUAGAGAUGAGACCAUUUACUUUGUUCAAAUAAUAAGUCAAUUUACAUAGAAAAGGGAUUAGAGUUUUGCUCUGUUUUGAAAGUGUAUAAAGGCUCGAUUCUAUCAUAUGUACUGAAAAAUAUUUAAAAUAUAAAAUAAAAUGUCUCUUUAGUCUACAUGCAGACCUGAUGCAUAUUUUUUCACAUGCGUGUAGGUCUCCUGAAAAAUGUUUUGUAUGAAAUUUAUUAAAAAGAAACAAGAUCACUGUAUUUACAUCAAAUAUACCCCAAAAUGUGCCAUUUGCCGUUUUCACUGAAAAAACAUUCAGGGGGAGGAUACCCCCGUACACCACCCCUUCGUACUAUGAAUAAGGUCCUAGCUACGCGCCUAAAAUUUAUACUACUUGCAAAACACUGGCUGUUUUUAACAAUCAACUGUUACUGUAUGACACUUAAUUAUGAAUGUAGCUCUAUAUGCAAACUUGAUUUAUAUAUUAAGUAAAGUUAAAAACACUUCAUGAGGCUAUUAUACCUUCGAAGUAAUUAUUUAAAGAUAAAAUAUUUACAUGAAAGAUGGCCAUUGGAUAUCUUUAAGUAAUACUGACACAAUUCAGGUCAUAAUGUGGCUGUUAAGUUUUUGAUUCUGGUGUUUCAAGCUUUAAUGAUGGAGGAAAACCUUAGAUGCCCUCCAAGUAUUAUCUCAGGCAUAAGCAGGUUCCUGGGUAGAACCACUGACCAAGUGAGCUGGAUGGUUUCCUCACAUGUUGCUCUGCAUACAGUUUGAACCCAAAGAGAUAAGGGCUAAAUGGUUCGAAGUCAGCAACCUUAAUCACUCGGAUUUUCUGAUAUUUAUUAAAGCAUUCUUAAAGUUUUGAUAUUUAGUACAAACAUAAAGGAACUUAUUGUAAGCAGUCUUAUUAACAAGUUUGAAAUUUCAAAGUUAAAAUACUACAAGAACUUCUCAGAUGAAUUAUUGAACAGAAUGUAGAAAGAUCUAAAUUUUCAACAGAUAUACAACCAGAUGUCUACGAUAUUAACGGUUCAAAUUAGUUUUUAUGAAAUUGUGUCAUUUUGAAUUCCCAACAGAGUUUAUACAAUAAAUUUUGUCAACCUCGUUACUUGAAGAACAUGUGUUGUUUUUAAUGUGUUUGUUGUAUAUAUCCCUAGCCUCAUUAAGAAUGAUUAUGUUUUGUAUGCAUAUGCUGUAUAUCUUCACUUUGGUUGUGCAUAAUUAUGUGAUUUUGAUAUUUAUAAUGUGCUGUAUUUAUACAAGAUAAUAUAAUAUGUAUGUAUAUAUCUAAAAUAAAGUUCUUUCUUCUGUAAAAUAUCA